AUGCAUGAAGGAGAGCAGACAUUGAAGAAAAAAGAUGAUCAAAAAGUGCCCUUCUAUAAGCUUUUUUCUUUUGCAGACAGGCUAGAUGUUCUUCUUAUCAUUGUUGGAUCAAUAUCUGCCGUUGGCAAUGGAUUAGCACAGCCUAUCAUGACCCUUAUUUUUGGCCAGUUGAUUAAUUCUUUUGCCGGGACAGAUCAAAAACAUGUUGUGCAUGAAGUUUCCAAGAUAUCGGUCAAAUAUGUGUACUUGGCCGUUGGCGCGGGCCUUGCUUCAUUUCUGCAGAUGUCAUGUUGGAUGGUGACUGGAGAAAGACAAGCCACUCGAAUUCGAGGAUUGUACUUGAAAACAAUAUUACGACAAGACAUUGAAUUCUUUGACACUCAAACGACAACUGGAGAGGUCAUUGGAAGAAUGUCUGGUGACACCAUUCUCAUUCAAGAAGCCAUGGGCGAAAAAGUUGGAAAAUUCAUUCAAUUUACGUCCACAUUCUUUGGAGGCUUUAUAAUUGCCUUUUGCAAAGGAUGGCUUCUAGCACUGGUCUUAUGUUCUUGCGUCCCAGCUCUGGCAAUCGCUGGAGGUGCCAUGUCAUUGUUCAUGGCCCAAAUGUCGAGCCGUGGACAAGUAGCUUAUGCAGAGGCAGGAAAUGUGGCAGAACAAACAGUAGGAGCAAUUAGAACGGUAGCAUCAUACACCGGAGAAAAGGCAGCAACAGAUAAGUAUGAUAGGGAGCUUCAAAUUGCUUAUGCCUCUAGUGUCAAGCAAGGGCUGGCUUCAGGUGUUGGACUUGGCGUAGUAUUACUAAUAGUGUUUGGUACUUAUGGACUUGCCAUAUGGUACGGAUCAAAAUUGAUCUUAAACAAAGGCUACAAUGGUGGGGACAUUAUCAAUGUGAUUAUGUCAAUUAUGACUGGGGGAAUAUCACUUGGCCAGACAUCUCCGAGUGUCAAUGCAUUUGCAUCAGGGCAAGCAGCUGCAUACAAAAUGUUUGAAACCAUCGAACGGACACCAAAAAUCGAUGCAUAUGACACUAAUGGAAUCUUCUUGGAUGAUAUUAAAGGUGAAAUUGAACUCAAGGAUGUGUACUUCAGAUAUCCAGCAAGGCCAGAAGUGGAGAUUUUUGCAGGGUUCUCGAUUUACAUUCCUAGUGGAAAAACUGCAGCUCUAGUUGGACAAAGUGGAAGUGGAAAGUCGACAGUCAUCAGCUUGUUAGAGCGAUUCUACGACCCUGAGGCAGGAGAAGUAUUUCUAGACGGCGUUAAUUUGAAGAAGUUGAAACUCCAAUGGUUAAGAAGCCAGUUAGGUCUUGUAGGUCAGGAACCUGUCUUGUUUGCAACUAGUAUGAAGGAGAAUAUAUUAUAUGGCAAAGAAGACGCUACUGAUGAAGAGAUUAGAAAGGCGAUAGAACUUGCUAAUGCUGCGAAAUUCAUUGACAAACUUCCUCACGGUCUUGAUACAAUGGUGGGUGAACAUGGAACUGCACUAUCUGGUGGUCAGAAGCAAAGACUUGCAAUUGCUAGAGCUAUUCUAAAAAAUCCAAAAAUCCUUCUUCUUGAUGAAGCGACAAGUGCUCUAGAUGCUGAGUCGGAACGUAUAGUACAAGAUGCACUGGAAAAUGUUAUGAAAAAUAGAACAACCGUGGUUGUAGCACAUCGUUUAACGACUAUCAGAAAUGCUGACCUUAUCGCAGUGGUGCACCAGGGAAAACUAGUAGAACAAGGUACUCAUAACGAAUUGAUGAAAGAUCCUGAGGGAGCGUAUACGCAGCUUGUCUGUAUGCAAGAAGGGAGGAAACAGGCCGAAAACAAUAGAGUGGCCGGGUUGCAGAAAAUGGAUUCUGAUCUAGCCUUGGAUAGAUCUUCAAGCCAGAGACUAGCAGUAAGGAGAUCUACCAGCAGCGGUUCCUCCAGGCAUUCCUUCACAAUAUCCUACGGUGUUCCUGGUGUUUUUGACUUGCAAGAAACUGAAAUUGGAGAGGACAGAGAUGAAAACUACGAAGAGCUUUUGGAGAAACGUAAGAAAGUUUCUAUUACACGGCUAGCCCACUUGAACAAACCUGAAUUACCGUAUUUGAUUCUGGGAACUGGAGCUGCAGCUGCACAUGGUGUCAUUUUCCCUGUAUUUGGACUCUUGAUUUCAUCAGCUAUCAAAAUUUUCUAUGAACCUCCACACGAACUGCGGAAGGAUUCCCAGUUUUGGGCACUUAUGUUUGUCCUCCUUGGUGGAUGCACUUUAGUAGUCGUACCAAUCCAGAAUUACUUUUUCGGAAUAGCUGGGGGUAAGUUGAUACAAAGAAUUCGUUCUUUGUCAUUCAAGAAGAUAGUGCACCAGGAAAUAAGUUGGUUUGAUGAUCCUGCCAAUUCAAGUGGUGCUGUUGGAUCAAGAUUAUCUUCUGAUGCAUCAACCAUAAGAACUCUAGUGGGUGAUGCCUUGGCGCUUAUUGUGCAAAAUCUCUCAACAGUAAUUACUGGCCUUGUAAUAGCCUUUACUGCUAAUUGGAUACUAGCAUUCAUAAUCCUACUUGUAUUGCCCCUAGUUGGCAUGCAAGGAUUCCUUCAGUUUAAGUUCUAUAAAGGGUUCAGUGCAGAUGCCAAGUUAAUGUACGAGGAAGCUAGUCAAGUGGCAAACGAUGCUGUUGGCAGCAUCAGAACUGUGGCAUCAUUUAGUGCUGAAGAGAAGGUGAUGGAGAUGUACCAGAAAAAAUGUGAGGGACCUACGAAGCAAGGAAUUAAGCUUGGCAUGGUUAGCGGAGCUGGUUUUGGGGUUGGUUCUUUUGCACUGUAUUGUACAAAUGCCUUCUGUUUCUACAUUGGAGCUGUUCUUAUUCAAAAUGGGAAAGCAACAUUUGGAGAAGUAUUUAAGGUUUUCUUUGCCCUGACAAUGUCAGCUACCGGAGUUUCCCAAGGAAGUGCAAUGGCUCCGGAUAUUAAUAAAGCCAAGGAUUCUUCUGCUUCUAUAUUUGAGAUUCUCGAUAGCAAACCAAAGAUCGACUCAAGUAGCGAUAAAGGCACAACAUUGGAUACUGUCAAGGGAGAUAUCGAGUUUCAACACAUUAGCUUCAAGUACCCUACGCGCCCUGAUAUUCAAAUCUUCAAGGAUCUUUCUCUAACCAUGCCUUCUGGCAAGGUAUUUCUAUUCUCUAUCCCUCCAAGUUUCUUUGAUGUUAAUCCUGAACAAAAUCGAUAUAUGUUUUGUGCAUGUUUGACCGUUGCUCUUGUUGGAGAGAGUGGCAGUGGAAAAUCUACAGUCAUCAGUCUAAUAGAAAGAUUCUACAAUCCCGACUCGGGCCUAAUAUUCUUGGACGGCGUGGAAAUCCGAAGAUUCAAGAUCAGCUGGCUGAGGCAACAAAUGGGAUUGGUAAGUCAAGAACCAAUUCUCUUCAACGAAACUAUACGUUCAAACAUUGCCUAUGGCAAAAAAGGCCACGUGACAGAAGAGGAAAUCAUCGCAGCUACAAAAGCCGCCAAUGCACACGACUUCAUAUCUGGAUUGCCUAAUGGUUAUGACACUUCUGUUGGAGAAAGAGGGGUCCAAUUAUCUGGUGGACAGAAACAAAGAAUUGCCAUUGCCAGAGCAAUCUUAAAGGACCCGAAAAUCCUUUUACUUGAUGAAGCAACUAGUGCAUUAGAUACAGAAUCUGAACGUAUAGUACAAGAAGCAUUAGAUAAAGUAAUGGUGAAUAGAACAACAGUUGUUGUUGCUCAUAGGUUAACCACAAUUAUGGGGGCAGACAUUAUUGCUGUUGUGAAAAAUGGAGUUAUUGCGGAAAAGGGAAAACACGAAACGCUCAUGAAGAUGAACAAUGGAGUCUAUGCGUCGUUGGUCGCACUUCACGCCAACUCAAACUAA